AUGGGAUCAAAGUUAAGGCACUUUGGUGCACUUAUGAAGAAAAAUUGGAUUAUUUGGAAAAGGACCCUAGGAGCUUCACUUUGUGAGCUCUUCUGUCCAGUCGCACUGAUGGCGAUUCUAGCAGUUGUGAGAGUGAUUGUUGAUUCAGACACGAUAGAAGCUCAAUCUAACAUUCCUUUGAGCAAAUUGUUUACACCCACUGACUACCUCAAUGAGACUAACAUAACUAACUCGGUCCUACAAGGCUAGUUAAAAUACGGCUAGUAUCUAAAAGACAUGGGCAAUCUAACAAUAGACAAAGUCAAUCCAGUAGUCAACUUUCUGACAGCAGGAUGCAGGAAAAUUCCAAGAUCAGAUGCUAGGCCUGUCAUUGCUUACUCUGCUGGUGAUAACUAUAAGAAUGCUGUGCAAAAGAGUAUCUAGAAAAUUUAAUCUAAUCAAGUUUAGUACACCACAGUUGUUCUCCCAAUGUAGAUCAAAGCAUUAGAAGAUCAGUUAAAUAAUGCUUCGAAAUCAACUUCUGAAAAGAAUUAGAUCAGAUCCUAGAUCACAGGACUUCAGAGACUUAACGGUACAAUUGCUGGAUCAAUGGUAAACUUCACAUAUAUGCCGUUCAAUACUCAUGACGAAAUAAUAAAGUAUAUCUCAGCUGGUGACUACAUGCUAAAUGGAGGGAAGAAAGGAAUUUGUUUUGGAUUCUCCGUUAAAGAAACUAAUUCUAGUGACAUCGACAUUAAGCUUAUAUUUAAUGAUCAUGAGCAAGAACCAGAUGCUAGGCAGAUACCUUCUUAAAUUGAAGAUGCAUGGUCAAAGUAUGAUAUUGAUUAAGAUAAAAUAUCCUUCAACCUCUACGCUCAGCAAGGAUACUCAUAUCUAUAGAAUUGGCUAGCAAACGAAAUUUUAAGAAACAAAACAGGAAAGUCAAGUGCAGAAAUCGCUAUGCUUUAUGUACCAUAUAAGGCUGACAAAUACAUUUCUGAUGACUUUGGAAUGGUACUAAGUGGUAUGAUGUCCUUCUUUAUGCUACUCAUGUACAUCCUCCCAGUUUACAGAUUAAUAUCUAACAUUGUUGCUGAGAAAGAGUCAAAGGCAAGAGAGAGCAUGAGAAUGAUGGGACUUUCAGACGCUUCCUAUUGGCUAUCAUGGUUCACCUAUUACCUCAUAAUUGUCACAAUCAUUAGUGUGCUUUGCAUCAUUAUACUCUCAGCAAAUGUUUUCAAAUAUUCUAACAGAGGACUCAUAUUCUUGUACUUCUGGGUAUAUGGAAUGUCAUUAUUUGGACUCUGUAUCUUCCUGCAAGCAUUUUUUUCUACAGCAAGAGUUGCAGCCAUUACUGGCACCUUAAUAUACUUUGGAACAAGUUUCAUUACAUAAGCUGUUGCUGAUCAAUCAGUUAGCACAGGAAGUAAGAAUGCAGCUUCAUUACUUACAACAGUGGCAGUUAGUCUUGGUACUGCUAGUAUUGGUCUAUUUGAAACUAAUGGUAUGGGUAUUAACUCUGACACUGUUAAAAGUUACUACCUUAAUUACUCAUUCUAAGAUUGUCUGAUUAUGAUGGCUAUCUCAUUCUUCCUCUUCCUUUGGACAGGAAUUUACUUAGACAAUGUUCUUCCAAGUGCUUAUGGACUUAGAAAACCAUGGUAUUUCUGUGUAACUAGAGGAUACUGGUUUGGAAACAGACCAAGAAGAGAAAGAGUUCAGAAUAGAUUAUCCUAAGAUGAUUCAGAGAGCUAAGAACUUUUCGAAGCCAAAUAUAUGAAGAAAGAAAACUUUGAACCAGCAUCAAGAGAACUUAAUGUUCAAGAAAAUGAAGAUAAAAUACUAAAGAUCAAUGAACUUAAAAAGACUUUUAGCAAUGGAUUCUAAGCAGUUAGAGGUCUAAAUAUUAAGAUGUAUAAUGGCCAGAUAUUUGCACUCUUAGGACAUAACGGAGCUGGUAAAACAACCACCAUUUCUAUGCUCACUGGUUUAAUUGAGGCUAGUUCUGGAAGUGCUGAAGUAUUCGGAUAUGAUCUUUUUAAUGACAUGAGUAAUGUGAGAAACUUCUUAGGUGUCUGCCCUCAACAUGAUAUCCUCUUUGAUUUACUUACGCCUGAAGAGCAUCUUGACAUUUUCUGUGAUUUUAAAGGUGUUCCAAGAAAGGACAAAAAGGAGGAAAUCAAAAAAAUGUUAAUUGAUGUUGAUGUUUACGCAAAUAAAGAUACUGAAGCCAAAAACUUAUCUGGCGGAAACAGAAGAAAGCUAUCUGUAGCUAUUGCCUUGAUUGGAGGAUCAAAGCUAGUACUUCUUGAUGAACCUACUGCUGGAAUGGACCUAAGUGCUAGAAGAAAACUUUGGAAUAUGCUAAAGAAUUAUAAGCACAACAGAAUCAUUAUAUUGACCACACAUUAUAUGGAUGAAGCUGAUAUUCUUGGAGAUCGUAUUGGAAUUAUGACUGGAGGUCAACUUAUUUGCUUAGGUAGCUCGUUAUUCUUAAAGAAUCGUUUCGGAGUAGGCUAUAACUUAACAAUGGUGAAGAAAUCUAAAGAAACUAAUAGCAAAGUUGAAAAGUAUCUAGAAAGUAAAAUUGGUGAUAUUAAGAAACUCUCUGAAGUGUCUAGUGAAAUAACCUUCUAAAUUCCAACAGCUCUUUCAUACAAGUUUAAGGAUUUCUUCCCUGUCUUUGAUUAAGAAUUAGAUAUGCUUGAUAUAAGAAGCUAUGGAAUUUCAGUUACUACUCUUGAAGAGGUUUUCUUGAAAGUAGGACAUGGAGAUGACACUGAUGAUAAUCAAAAGAUCAAAGAAGAACUUAAAAAAUAGGCUACUGAGCACCAUGAUAAGACUGAUGAUUACUCAGUUGCUGACGAUCACGAAACAGGAAUAUGCAAUAUCUUCUUCACUCACUUAGAUGCCAUGUUGAGAAAAAGAGUACAACUCUACAAGAGAAAUUACAAAGGCUUAGUCGUUGAAAUCUUGAUACCUGUUUUCCUAGUUUUGAUUGGAUUUGGAUUCUCUAAGGUUCAAUUCUUUAUCAAUGGACCUGUUAGACCUUUAGUUCCAUCUUAAUUUCCCUUGAAACAAAGAAUUCAAUACAAUAAUGAAUUCUUCGUUAAUACAUCAGGAUAAACUCUUACACCAAAAAUGUUUAUUGAUAAUUUGCCUGAUUCAAGCAAUGCUUUUACUGCUACUUCCAGAUCAUAUGCCAGUAAAUCUAAUAGAAGUGAAGUUAUAUUUGCUUUUGACAAUGACACAUUUGAUGCUAGACUUGAAAGACCUUACGAACCUUUCAGAUUUGGUUCAUAUUUUAUAUAUGAGGCUGAUAAUGUUAAUAAGUAAUAUAAGAUUAACACAUUCCUUAACUUAACCUCACAAGAUGGAACAGCUCUCUAUCCUUAAUUCAUGUAUGAAUCAGUUCUUAAAGUUGCUCUAAAUAAUCCUAGUUUCAAGUUGAGAGUUUCUACUCAUCCAUUCCCAAUUACUGAGAACUUGAGGCAAAGAGCAAAGAGUGCCAGUGGAUUUUUCAUCGUAUUCGUUGUUGCCAUUGGAUUCGCUAUGAUUCCAGCUUCAGUUGUUACUUUUAUUGUGAACGAGAGAGAGAAAAGCUUGAAGCACAUGUAAUUAGUUAGUGGCAUGAGCUUAUCUGCUUACUGGGUUAGCAACAUUUGUUUCGAUAUUCUCGAUUACGUUUGGAUUCUAUUCUUGAUCUACCCUGUUGGAGUUAUACCUUUCUCAUAUGUGAGUUCAUUCCUGUUUACAAGUGAAAACUUAUGUCAAACAUUAACAAUCUUCGUGCAUUUCAUUAUUGCAGGAAUUGGUGGAAUCAUUGCGGGUGUCUUGAGAAUUAUUGAGUCCACAUACUCAGCUGGAGAUGCUCUAGUUUGGGUUUUCAAAGUUAUUCCUACAUUUUGUCUUACCGAUUCCAUUCUAUAUCAAUCACUUAAAGCAAGAUUGAUUUAAAUAAGACCUGAACUAAAUAAAGAUGAUCUUGAUAUUAAUGCUCUAGGUGGUGAUAUUCUUAUAAUGUUUGUGCAUGCAAUUUUCUGGACUUUAAUGCUCAUACUGAUAGAAGCAGGAGCUUUUAGCUGCAUUGGAAGAUGCUUCGGCAGAAUGAUGGGAAGAAAUGUUCAUCCUAAGACUGACCUCAAUCAGGAUGAAGAUGUUAUUGAAGAAGAAUAAAGAGUUGAUAAUCUAGGAAAGGAUUAGCUCAAAGUUAGAGUCAACAAAUUUAGAAAAGUAUACUCCUCAAUGAACAGAAAGCCUUAUUGCGCUGUUGAAAAAACCUCAUUUGGUUUGGAUUAUGGGGAAUGCUUUGCUUUGCUAGGAGUAAAUGGAGCAGGAAAGACAACAACAUUCAAAAGUUUAACUGGUGGUAUCGCUCCUACAUCUGGAGAGGUUACUAUUUGUGGUAUGGAUAUUCAAACCGAAUUUAGCAAAGUCAGAAAACUAAUUGGAUAUUGUCCCUAAUAUGAUGCUAUUUUCCCACUAAUGAGUGUUGAAGAACAUCUUUAUUUCUACUCUAGAAUUAAAGGCAUCAGGAAACAUUUAAGAAGAACACUAGUUGAGAAACAAAUCAAGGAAAUGAGUUUAGAAGAGCAUAGAUACAAGCCAGCUGGAACUCUUUCAGGAGGAAACAAGAGAAAGCUAUCAGUUGCUAUGUGCGUUAUUGGAAACCCACCAAUCAUUCUUUUAGAUGAACCAUCAGCUGGCAUGGAUCCAGAGGCUAGAAGAUUCAUGUGGUCAGUGGUAGCAAAAAUCUCUUAAUAAAGAAAGAAGAGUGCAGUAAUUUUGACUACUCAUUCAAUGGAGGAGGCUGAAGCUCUCUCAACAAAGAUGGGCAUUAUGGUUUAAGGUGGCAUCUUUAAGUGCUUUGGCUCAAGUCAGCAUAUAAAGAGCAAAUAUGGAACUGGGUAUGAAAUUGAGGUGAAAGUGAGAAAAUAAUCAAAUGACGAACUUAAAAUGAUGAUUGAAAGAUUUGGAUUAUCAUCAAAAGAGUCAAUUCACUUCAAUGAACUUGAAGGAAUAAUGAGAUAAAGAAUGGUGCAUGACUUCCUAAUUGGCGAGUUAAGAUAAAACGGACUUGGAAAUGAUCUUUGUCUUGAAGCUGAUGAACACAAUGGACUUGUAGAAGUGAGAAAUUUCAUGAGCUGGAUCUAUGUUGAAUAAGCUGGAAUGAAGAUUAUUGAAGGUCUAUGCGAUGAUUUUGAUUAAGUUGAAAUCCUCGAGCAUUACAACGAUUACUAUAAGCUUAGAGUUCCUAGAAAGGAUAAAUCAAUCGGCUAUGUUUUCAGUCUUAUUGAAGGCAAAAAAGAACAUUUCAACAUUAGUGAAUAUUCAGCAUCUCAAACAACCUUGGAGCAAAUCUUCCAAACAUUCGCAAACCUAAAAAUAGAUCAAGAUCACAUAUUGAAGUUCCAUAAGAAAAAUGGAAGUUUCUAAAGAGCUGCAACUAAGAAUUUUGAUAAAGCAGAUCACUUAUCAGUUAAUGAUAUGUCAGAUGACCCUAAGAAGAAAAAUAAGAGAACAUGA